AUGGACUUGCCAAGAGCCGAGCAACUCCCGGGCUCCGACGGGGAAGACGGCGAGGUGGACGUCCUGGGGACGGACGAGGACCAGGAGGAGGCCGACGGAAGCCGGCCCCGGGAGCGCACCGAGGACGCCGCCUCUGAGCCCCGCGGCGAGUUUCAGGCCAGUUCCGCAGCGCCUGCGAAGCCCCCCUACUCGUACAUCGCGCUCAUCACCAUGGCGAUCCUGCAGAGCCCGCGCCAGCGCCUGACUCUCAGCGGCAUUUGCGCCUUCAUCCGCGGCCGCUUUCCCUACUAUCGCCGCAGCUUCCCCGCCUGGCAGAACAGCAUCCGCCACAACCUGUCGCUUAACGACUGCUUCGUCAAGAUCCCCCGGGAGCCGGGCCACCCGGGCAAGGGGAGCUACUGGAGCCUGGACCCCGCCUCGCAGGACAUGUUCGACAAUGGCAGCUUCCUCCGGCGCCGCAAGCGCUUCAAGCGCGCCCAGCCGCCUCCCGGGGCGCCCCCGGCCUGCACGCCGCCCCCGGGACCCUACCCCGCCGCCACCUCGCUGCUGCAGCCGCACCCCCUCCACUACCUGCUGCUCCCGCCACCCCCACGGACCUGGGGGGCGGCCAGGGCGCCGCGGCCCGGGGGCGGGUGCACAUCCUUCAGCAUCGACAGCAUCCUGCAAGGGGUCCGGGCCGGGGGUGCCGCGCAGGGUCUGCCCCCCGCCCCCUGGGGCUACUGCCACCUGCUGCCUCCCUCCCGGGCUUCGGCGCCCUGGCUGCAGGUGUCCGCCGCCACCAGCCAGGCUGCAGGGCAGCAAGACCGCGACGCUGUCUGCGCUCCCGCCAAAGGCGCGCAGCUGGGGUGUCCGCUCGGGGCCCCUGCCGACCGAGACGGGACCUCGCCGGCCUUCUAA